AUGUGCUGCAACUACUACGGGAACUCCUACGGGGGCUGUGGCUACGGCUCUGGCUAUGGCUGUGGCUACGGCUCUGGCUAUGGAUCCAGAUAUGGCUGUGGCUAUGGCUCUGGCUAUGGCUGUGGUUACGGCUCUGGCUAUGGCUGUGGCUACGGCUCUGGCUAUGGCUGUGGCUACGGCUCUGGCUACGGCUGUGGCUAUGGAUCCAGAUAUGGCUGUGGCUAUGGCUCUGGCUAUGGCUGUGGCUAUGGCUCUGGCUAUGGCUGUGGUUACGGCUCUGGCUAUGGCAGUGGCUGCUGUACCUUCCGACCAUCCUGCUACCAACGAUGCUAUUCCACUUGCUGCUAG